AUGGCUGAUGCCGAAUCUUUAAAAGCACGUUAUGAUGCCAUCUCUUCCCGUUUGUGUAGCUUGGAGCAGCAUCCAGCCGUUAGGACUGCGCUCGCUGUGCAUAAACUCGGCGAGCUCCAGCUGGGGAUACUUCAGCGGAUUGACAAGCUUGCUCAUGCACUUGGACUGGAUCUGUCUGUCUUAACGCGGCCGCGUCUCACCGUCACCCCCGAUGCAAGUCCCACACAGCAGCAGCUAGAACAGGAGCUCAUCGACCGCAACUUCUCCUCCUUCAGCUUCGUCCGCGUGCCAGCUGACUAUUACGAUCAGCCCCUGGAGUUCCGUCAGAGCUGCCUGGGGGCGGCCUCCAUCAACCAUCUGUGCAAGAGUAUCGUCAUGGAGAACACCCGCGCACAUGAGUCGGUGAAGGGCUGGGAGGACCCGCGUAACUCCAAGUACUAUUGCGUCAUCGUGCAGUACACCGCCCGGCUGCAUGCGGACAAGCUCAAGGUGGGGGUGCAGGAGCUGGGCGGCCGCAAGUUCGGACGUCAGUACUACAAUAUGCGGCUGGCAGCGGAGGAGGUCAACGACCAGCUGACGGGCUUCAGCCACAAUGCCGUGACGCCCAUCUGCAUGCGGGAGCGGUUGCCCAUCCUCAUGAGCCACCACAUCGCUAAGCUGCAGCCGAGGGAGUUCUGGCUGGGGGCGGGGGAGGUGGAUCUAAAGCUGCACCGCAUCGAAGCCGCCGGAACCAAGCACUGUUUAACCGGCUCAGCGGCAGCGCUCUCCAUCCUUGCUCAUGGCUCGGCACGGAAGACGCUACGAAAGUUUUACGCAGACACGGUCAUUGUCAAUGCAGGAGUGACACGACUCUACCAAUUGGACAGGACUAUACCAAUUCUUGCACAAGACGAACUGUAA